AUGCCGCCAGAACUCAUACCCGACGAAUCGGACUACGCAUCCUCAGAAGACUCUGACUUUGCGCCCGAUGCCGCACCGGUAGAUGACGCAGGUGGAGCGGAGUCUUCAGACGAUGAGCAAGAUGUGGUAGAAGAAGCAGUAAAGAAACCCGCGAAAAGGAAAAGAGGGCAGGCAAAUCAGGAAGAUGCAGAGGAUGCGGGGUUUGAGAACUCGGGCGAUGAGGCGAUUAUUGAACGGGGCUUGAAGAGGCAGAGGAAGAAGGGAAAGGGGAAGAAAAGUGAUGAGGUGGAGGUGGAAGCGGAUGAUGAGGGGGGUGAAGGGGGUUUGGUUAAGACGAGAAGUAUGAGGGCUGCAGAGAAAGUAGAGAAGAAAACAGUACUAGUCGAUACCUCGAAAGCCACUGUGGAUGUCGAUGCGCUGUGGGAAGAUAUGAUGUCUGGUAAAGCUUAUACGCCUAUACCAGCACCCACCGAACCCAUCACCAACGACACCAAUGAACCAAAUAUACGGGAAGUAGCAGAAAAAGAAGAUGCGGAAGAAGAGCCGACGACUACGCUGAAUGAUGGGCCCGAUACAAUGAUAAUGAUAAAACGAACCUACACCUUCGCCGGAAAGGCCCACACGGAAGAAAAGCUCGUCCCGCGCUCCUCAGCAGAAGCAAAACUAUUUCUUUCUUCAAACCCCGACCCCUCAUCCACAUCAACAGACCCCGCCUCAACCACGCAACCCAGUCCCUUCACGAAACCCAAACGCCCAACCAAAAAAGCCCGCAAAUCGAUCUUCGAACCCAUCAUAGACCUGCCCCUCCGAACCGACCUCCAUUUCGGCGCUCAAGCUCAAGCUAGAGGGGCAAUCGGCGUAGGAGGGGUGAAAGACGGAGGUAAGAAACUUAAUACGGUGGAGAAGAGCGCGAUGGAUUGGGCGGGCUUUGUGGAUAAAGAGGGGAUUGCGGAUGAGCUUGAUGCAGCGGGUAAGGCGAAGGGGGCGUUCAAGGCGAGGCAGGAGUUUUUGGCUCGGGUGGAGAGGAAGAAGGAGGAAGAGGAGAGGAGGGCCAGAGGGUUGCCUGUUUAA